AUGGCUGAUCACUCAAGAGAUCCCUGUCCCUACGUUAUCCUCAACGACUUUGGUGGUGCCUUCGCCAUGGGCGCGAUCGGCGGUGCCCUCUGGCACGGAAUCAAAGGAUGGAGGAACUCCCCCAUGGGCGAACGCCGCAUCGGCGCACUCGCUGCGAUCAAAGCCCGCGCCCCCGUCCUCGGUGGUAACUUUGGUGUCUGGGGUGGUCUCUUCUCCACCUAUGACUGUGCCGUAAAGGGAAUCCGCCACAAGGAAGAUCCGUGGAACGCGAUCAUUGCGGGAUUCUUCACGGGUGGAUCCUUGGCGAUUCGUGCAGGGUAUAAGCAGGCGAGGAAUUCGGCGAUUGGGUGUGCGAUGUUGUUGGGUGUUUUCGAGGGGGUGGGAAUUAUGAUGAAUAAGGCUUUUGCGGCGAACAAUGCGCCGCAAGCACCAAUGAUCCCUGGCCAGUAACUUACCCUCACUCCCUGACCUCUCGCCAUCAUCACCUCGAUGGCACUAUCUCCCCUCACAGCUUCUUGCACCCCCGCAUUUCUUUCUCUGCAUGUUGGUUUUUUUCGUUUUUAUUUCGUUAUACGUUCUGGGUUGCUUUCUGUAGUAUUGGGUUGAGGUUUGAUUGAUUGACACGAUUAGUGGGUGUGGAGCAAGCACAAAAAAGGAUUUUGGAAUCUUCGUUUCGUCGAUCGCAUUAAUGCUGGCCAUGGUUCGGGCUGCGUUUUGAGGUUCUUUUGGGUACC